AUGCUAUUUAUGCUAGUGGUGGCUUUAGCUGCAGGCACUGCAGUCAACUCUGAACAGUUCAAUUCAACGAGCACUGCCAGCAGCAGCAGCACUCUAUUGAAUGCCUACGAUUCUGAAUAUGGUGUGUUUAUCGGUGAUCUAUCCGAAACGUCCAAUUCAGUAGCAGCCGUCGGUGGCGCAUCAUCUGCAUUUGAUGUGAACCGGCUGAUUAAAGGACAUGUUUAUGUGGUCAAUGAAACUGCCAUACAAAUCGUUAACUUUACUUUUGAUGGUGCACAAGCUCCGGAUGCGUUCUUUUGGUUGGAUCGAGGCAAUGUGCCCACUAAAGACGGACUGAAAAUACCGUCAUUUGAGUUCGGAGUGACCCCAUUGGGCAGGUAUGAGAACGCAGCCAGUGUGGUUCUCAUUCUACCAGGCUUACAUAAAAUUAGUGCCUUCCGAAGUUUCGCGUUGUUUGGUCAUAAAUAUGAGCAUAACUACGGCAGUGUGCAGAUUCCAGAAGCGCUUGUGGUGCCGAAGCCACAGUUUCUAAUGAAUGAACUACGUGGAAGUCGUUAUAAUGUUGGUUCGGGACCAAUUUUGAUAAUCGACAGACGAACCAUUAAAAUUUUCGGCUUCACAUUCGACGGCGACAAAGCACCCGACGGUUAUUUCUUUGUGGGGCGAGGACCGAACGUUGCCUAUGAUGCGGGUGUUAAAGUACCAAUAAGAGGACGUGAUACACCCGAAUUGAUCACCGCCAUGAACGAGCGUUAUCGCGGUGGGCAAGAUAUCAUUACCGAUCUACCAGACGAAUACGACAUCAACCAUAUCGAUUGGCUAUCCGUCUAUUGCUACAAGUUUCGUGUGAAUUUCGGUCACGUUCCAAUUACGAACGUCUCACAGCGGAUUCCACCUUAUGUGGCACCACAGAAACGAUACGAUGACACGGAACUGGAUAAAGUGGAGGGUUGGCCAGUGAAUACAUUGUUGGGUACGGAGGGUCGUCACAACUUUACCUUUCAACUUGGGCCACCAGGCGGCCGACGUGGCUAUCAAUCGAUGGCACGAGCUCGAGCCGGUAAAUUUGUUUGGUACGUGAACGGUUACUUGGCCGACAUCUAUUUGAAACGUGGCAUCACCUAUACGUUCAUUGUUGAGGGUGGCAAGGACAAGUCCACUCAAGACUAUUACAAUCCGUUGUACAUAUCGAAUGAACCGUUUGGUGGCUAUGCAAAACUAUCGAGUGAUGAACGUGAGCAAGUGAAAGUGUUCGCUGGUUCGGACCCAACGCAAACAGCUGGUCGUCUGUGUGUUUGGUCUCAAGACAACACUGAAGACGAUCCGGACAAAUACGAUAAUUUCAUCGAGUAUCGACGCACCUUACGAUUGAAGUGUGAAGAAGAGAAUGAAGCAGCCAUUCUACGGUUCACUCCGAACGCACAAACCCCUGAUACGCUCUACUAUCAGAGUUACACCAGCUAUAAUAUGGGUUGGCAUAUUCAUGUGGUCGAUGAAAUUCCCAAGGAUGUGAGCGAUUUCGCUGAAGAGCCGUACGAGUACGAGGCUUGGUUGGUCAGUCAAAAUCUAAUGGACGCCAGUUCGGGUGUUCCAUUGUCAUCCUACAGUGCACUAUUACUACUUAUCUUAUUACUAACAACAACAGUACUUAAUUUCUAG